AUGUUCGCGAGCGAGAUCAUCGGAUCAUUGCAUCAAGCUCUCGACUACAACCCGCUCGUGACCGACACCGUGAGGAGGAUCUUGGUGUUGGGCAAGUGGAUGACCCCGAACUGCAACGUCACCAUGUGGACUAUCGAGCCAGUGAUCGCGACCAUGAUCGUGCACGGCAACACAGUCAACGCCACCAUCGCGAGGGAGAACGUCGCCCAAGGACAUCCCGGUGAUCGAGCCCCUGACCAUGACCACGCACAACACCUCGGUGGUGCAGACCAAGAUCAAGGGGAGGUGGGCGGGCCGGCUGAUCUGGAAGCAAUGACUUCCAACCCCGAAAUCAAGAUCGAGACCCUCAACGGCCAGACACACUACAUUCGGCGGCUCAGAGAGUUCAUGGACAUCUCACCCUUGCAAUAUCCCAACCAAAGUCUACUACGAAGACGAAACCCGCUUCUCACGGACGAUGGAAACCCAAUCACCGAUGCCGAUGGCAAGCCUGCAAUGACACGAGCGAAGAGAUAUUGGAUCCACUCUCAGCUUCGAUUCAAGAUAGAGGAGCUCAAGUUCAACCUCUAA